CAAAUUGAAGGUGAAGAGAAACGUUUCCUAACGAAUGAAUCACGUGAUGAUCCGCGUGUUCAAGAGAUAAUCCACUUACUCAUUCAAUGGCUCAACGAUGAAUUGUCAGCUCAACGAAUUGUCAUUAAACACAUUCAAGAAGAUCUUUACGAUGGACAAAUCAUUCAGAAACUCAUCGAAAAAUUGGCAAAUAUCAAAAUCGAAGUACCGGAAGUGUCACAGAGCGAAGAAGGUCAACGGCAAAAAUUACAUAUCGUUAUUGAGACUGUGAAUCGCAUCAUUGCACAGGGACAAUAUGAACAAACCAGAUGGAAUGCCGAUAAUAUUCAUAAUAAGGAUGUUGUUGCGAUCAUCCAAUUACUGAUCGCGAUCGCCAUUCACUUUCGAGCACCUGUGCGAUUUCCAGAGUUCGUGAACGCACAAGUGCUUGUGGUUCAGAAGAAAGAUAACUACCUGCAUAAGAACAUUGUCACCGAGCCACUGACCACAACCCAAGUGGAACUUGGCGUUAAAGGAGAACGUGACGCGUUUGAUACACUGUUCGAUUAUGGUCCAGAUAAGCUGGCACACGUCAAAAGUUCACUGUUAGCGUUUUGCAACAAACAUCUGAACAAGAUCAAUCUUGAAGUAAGUGACCUUGAGACACAAUUCCAAGACGGUGUUCAUUUGGUGCUGUUGAUGGGCUUACUCGAAGGCUACUUCGUACCACUCUACAGUUUUCAUUUACAGGUCAGUGAGCGACACUUCACUUAUCUCAAACUAUCUAUCUAUUUUAUUAACAUUCGAUUUAUAAUACUUAUUACUGAUAUUGACACUAUUGUUGAAUCUCCUUUCAAUUGGAAAAUUUUCAGUACAGUCAUUUAA